CCUGAAUCUGAUCGUUAUUUUCAAAAUGGCGGUUUAAGUAAACCUAGUGGCUAGUCUUUGAGUCGUAAAUUGUAAUUUUGUGAGCAUUUGCGUUUUGUUUGGUUUUACUUUACUAUAUAAAGAACAGUUGUAAUUAACAAUCAUAAAUAUUUUAAUCAUGAGUAACUCAUCGGCUCUUUUUGCUUGCUCAAGGUGCUUCACAAGACAUCCUUUUGAAGAGCUGUCACCUGGACAACAACUUUGCAAGGAAUGUAGAGGUGCAUUUCCUGUAGUGAAGUGUACGUACUGUAGAUCUGAAUUUCAACAAACAAACAAAGUCAAUACAAGUACGAUCUGCAAGAAGUGUGAAGUUAAUGUGAAAGCCUAUGGCAAGCCGACUGCGUGCGAGUACUGUAACAUAAUAGCAGCAUUUAUUGGCAACAAGUGCCAGCGCUGCACCAACUCUGAGAGGAAGUAUGGUCCCCCCGUCACCUGUGAACAGUGUAAGCAGAAGUGUGCUUUUGAUCGCAAAGAUGAAGAUAAAAAGAAUACUCUGUGCAUGAAAGUGGGUUGCUUCACUUGUAACUUUUUUAAUGAAGAUUUUGCUGGUGAGAGUGACGACAACAAGGAUGAUGACGACUCUCUUGGCUCUGUUAUUGUCGAUGGCAAGUUGCUGUGCUGGCUUUGCACUCUGUCCUUCAAGAGAGCCUUGGCUAAAACAAAACAGUCUGAUGCAGAGAGACGAGCACAUAAUAAAAUGAUGGCUCAAAAGGCAGCGAAAAAAAAACAAGGAAGUCAAGUUAAGAGGUCACAACAAGCGGCCGAACCGAGUGGAUGUGACCAAGAUAGGAGUCACGACAGGAGGAGGGGCUGACAA